AUGACGGGUGGCCUGGAGGCCCGCGGGGACUCCGCGGGCCCUUCAUCCAGCGCGCAGGAGCAUCUCCCUGAUGAGGACGGCGCCGCGGGGGCGCCGCUGCAGGACGCGCCGCUGCAGGAGGUGCUCGCCGGCUACCUAGCGAAAGCGGAGCAGCACCGCAGUGACAUGGGGGACAAGCAGGCCAGCGUGGAGCACUUGGUGCUGGCCCUGGCGGAGGACCCGCGUUUCGGGGAGGUGCUGGGCUGCACGACCGGCUUCCAGCACCACAGCGGCGGCCCCCGCGGCAGGGCGCCCACGGCCGCGGCCGUGGCCGCGCCGCGCCGUGCAGCGGCCGGCCUGGCGGGGCUCGUCCCGGCCCGGCGGGAGGAGGAUCUGAAGGUGGCCAUUAAGAAGAGCCGCGUGAUCUACAACCGGGGCCAGGAGUACGACCAGCCUUUUGAGAUGAGCGUUCUGGCCAAGUACAGCCGGGACCUGACAGAGAUGGCGAGGGCCGGCAAGCUGGACCCGGUCAUCGGCCGCGCGGAUGAGAUGAGGCGGCUCAUAGAUGUGCUCUGCCGCCGCACCAAGAACAGCGCGGUGCUGCUGGGAGAGGCGGUGUCGUGGCGCGCUCGGCUGGCCGCCGGGGGCGGCGGCGCCCGCGGCGCCGCGCCCGAGCGCGCGAGUGCGGGGGAGCGGGCGGAGCGAAUGGCGGCGGCGCCGGCGCUGACGUCCACCCCCGCCGCUCUCAACAUGAGCCGGCUGCGCGUCGGCAAGACCGCCAUUGUGGAGGGGCUGGCGCAGCGCAUCGCGCAGGACGACGUGCCCGAGGGGCUGCGGGGCAGCAGGGUGAUCGCGCUGGAGAUGGGUCUGCUAAUGGCAGGCGCCGCGUUUCCUGGGGAGUUUGAGGAGCGGCUGAGGGGCGUGCUCAAGGAGCUGCAGCAGGAGGGGCUCAGGGCCAUCCUCUUCAUUGAUGACAUCCAUACCAUCACGGGCCCCAACGCGCAGCAGGGCGGCGGCGUGAAUGACGCGAGCGUGAUGCUCAAGCCACUGCUCAGCAGGGGGGAGGUGCGGUGCCUCGGCUGCACCAGCCUGGACAAGUACAGGAAGUUCAUCGAGAAGGACCCCGGCCUGGAGCGGCGGUUCCAGCAGGUGCCUGUGGAGCCCCCAACUGUGGUGGAGACCAUCUCCAUCCUCCGCGGCCUGCGCCACAAGUACGAGGCGCACCACGGCGUCCGCAUCACCGACGCGGCGCUCGCGGCGGCGGCGCACCUCGGGGACCGCUACCUCCCAGACCGGUUCCUGCCGGACAAGGCCAUUGAUCUGGUGGACGAGGCGGCGGCCAAGGUCAAGACUGACCUGGCGCUGAGGCCGGAGGCGCUCGACCGCAUCGAGAGGCGCAUCAAGUGGGUCUGA